AUGUCGACCACAGACCACGUCGCCACAUGCCGGGCGUGGCCGGAGCCUCUGCAGGGUGAGAUGGACCAGAAGAAAGGGCCAUGCCUUGUCGCCCUGGGCGAGGUGGAGAUGACCAAGCCAGAGGUGCUGAUCCAGGAGGAUCCCGAAGCCGCCUGGACGGAGCCCGAAGGCACCUACCGCGACUCCUUCCACUCCUGGACGAACCAUCCGGAGCACCUGGCCAUCUCGCCGAACCGGCACGUGCACGAGAUGUACAUGCAACUCUUGGAGGAAGUGGCAGAGGAGGUUCGACGCCGCCCGAACAGGCUGAAGCAGGUGAUCGAGAGGAGACGAGGCGAUUCCCGGAUGGCGGGAUGCUGUUUCUGGAAGCGCUUCGCAUUUUGA